GCAACAACAACAAACGGAAUCGACCCACCCCACUGCACCACGCUGGGCUGCUGCUUUCGCUUGCCUCGCUCAGCCCAACCUCGACUCCUCCUCCACUUCAUCGACUUCCUCUGUUCAUCCCGCCCUUCUUUGAUCGGCGACUGACAUCAUCUCCACCCCUACACGUCUCAAUCUCUCUUAGCCUUCUUCGCAUAUUCCAUCCCCCCAUCGUCGCUCAUCAAAGCCUUGCGCAUUCCAACCGAAAUCACACCACGCACCAAAAAAGAAACAGGGCACUUCGACAAUCGUCGCGAAUCUCUGCAUUGGCCAGCAUUGCCACCAUCUUUUACAGACCAUGACGCGCCGUUCUGCACGAUUAGCAAGCCUGUCCCAGGCGCCAGAGUCUCCCGUCAAAGAAUCUUCAUCCAGAUCGACGUCUACCCUUCAGUCCGUCUCCGAAACCCAGAGCGCCGAGCCAGAAACCCUCCCCGCGCCUCGACGCCGCAAGAGUCACGCCGCAGCCUCGUCACCAAUGCGCGUCCCAAGGACCCCGGGCAAGUCAUCGCCCGUCAAGUUGCCCAUGUCCGAGAUGCAUCCCAGCAAAGUUCAUCCGACCAUGGCUCACGCCCCUUCGUCUGGCUUGCGCUUGGGGUUUACUGACAUCAAGCCAACCACCAACCGUGACGAUGACCUCCCCCCCAUCGCCCAGUCCACUCCCACAAAAAUCUCGGUCCCCCAGUCCGACUUCACCUUCCGCCGUGUCGCCCAAUCAGCAGCCGGCAUAGCCCUCAGUACGCAAGCCCAGAGCAUGAUGGAGGACAUCCGCAAGGAAGCCGAGAAGUACAAAGACGAGAUCCGCCAGCGCGAAGCCGAAAGGGAAAAGGAGGAACAGGCCAACCGCAAGAUCGCAAAGGCUACCGGCAAAGCAAGUCGCUUCAGCGAAGUUCACAUGGCUCAGUUCAAGAAGAUGGACUCGAUCGAGAACCACCCCUCCGUCCUCCGGGCUCAAAAGGGCCGCGUUCCCGAUCCUCUCAAGAAGGGCGUCAAGCGAUCUCAGUCCAAGGCAAAUCUCGACGACAUCGACCCAAGCCGUCGCUCCAAGGAGCCCACGCCGACAUCUUCUACCGCCAAGGCCAAGGAUGAGGACGAGGAGGGCCGAUCGCCCGCGAAGCGUCUUCGUCAAAACAAGGAGGACGACGUCUCCAAGGGUCGUGCCAUCAUCCACGAUGCCGCCAGCUCCAUUCCCAAGCCUAAGCCCGCUUCUACUGCGACUGCUUCGACCAUUCCUCGACCCAAGUCUGUCCGCCAAUCCAUUAUGAGCCCCACAAGAUCCUCGCUUGCCCGGUCAACAGGCGCAAGAACCCCGGUACGACAGUCGCUGUUCAAGUCCCCCGCUAAAUCGAUCCAGAGUGCGCUGCCUCGACCUACCACUGCAAGCAAACUUCCCACCCUCAAGGAGGAACCUGUCAAGAAUACCGCGAAGCCAUCCGAGCACCAACCCAAAAAGCCUUUGGAGAAGCAGGCUGAGAAGCAGGCCAGCAAGGAGAUCAAGCAACAAAUCGACACGGAGAUGGAGACGCUCAACGAAAAGGAAGCCCAGACACCCCAGCAGACACCCCGGGCUGAUGUCAAGACUCCCACGAGCCGAAUUGCUAGCGCCAAGUCGAUUCUGCGGAGCAUCACGGCUAGCACCAUGACAAAGAUCCCUCUGCCCGCCUCUUUUGGUUCCAAAACACCCACGUCCAAAACCCCGACUGCGUCGCGUACAGAGGAGACCGCUACCUCCGCUCAUCUGACUACACCAGGCGGGAGCCUGGCCAAGCACGUGGCAUUCACUCCUGAGACGCAGCGCGCCACUGUCGCUCAAGCGCUAAAAUCCCCCUCUCCCGUCAAGCAGGCUCUUUCCAAGUCCCAGCCCCGCAAGGCACCUGGCCAAGUCUAUUACCCUUCUUUGGACGCCAUUCUGCGCGAGGAACAACUCGACCGGGGCCUUCUCUACCCCGAUGUUACCGAGGAGGCCAAAGCCCGCUCGGUUCAGGAGCCUUCUGCUGUGAAGCAGUUCAAGGCUGACUCCACAACAGUCGAGGCAUCGUCGGCUUCGGACUCCUUCUCGUUCCGCAGUGAACGCACCCUCAACUUUGACAGCGUGCCCCGCCCAUCUUUCGGUGCCUCCCCGGGGCAAUCGACCGUUCGCCCUGUUCGCCCAUCUCUCCUCCCGACUGUGACCGAGUCUAGCAUGCCCGGUAGCUUCCCCGACCCAGAGGAGGUGAUGUCACCCGUGGUAUUGUCCCACAACAAGGAAAAUGAGGCCCCAGCGGACCCAUCGCCCAUCUACCUCGCUCUGCCACACGGUCUCGCCACCAAGAAACGCAACCGUGUCAGCACCGAUGAAGAAGAACUGGAGAUGGCCGAGCGCGCUUCGAAGAGACAAAAGCAGGAACCGGUACCGGAAGGCGACGCGCUUCUUGCCCCAAGACUGGUUGGGGCCAACGCUGGUGCCAAGAAGCCGGCUGCAGCGCCGGUCAAGACGAACGGCUCCAGGAAGAGCAUUGCACCCGUGAGCCCUCGUAAGAAUCUCGACGCUAGGAAGAGUCUUGCUGCUGGCGCCCGGAAGACGGCCACUGCUUCGGCAACUACUGCCAGCAAAGAGAAAGACUCACACAGAAGUCCGGUCAAGAAGGCGGCAGCUAAGAUCAGUCUUAGUAGGUUGGAACAGCUCGCCAGGCCAAAGAACCGUAAGUAAGGGACAGACCGGCGCAUGCCUUUCGACUGAGAGGCUUGACUAUUGCUGCCUUGGGUUGGCAUCAGCACUGCGAGUUACGGCUCGAUUAAAUCGUUGUUGCUACGACUGGUACUAUCACUGAUUUCCCAAUUCCCACUUGGAUUCUUACAUACGGUUGGGUUGGCAGUCUGUAUCGAUUUUCUUACUUUGUACUCAUGGGUUUUGACCCUUUGCUCUCUCUCAUGGUUGCUUCGGCCUACGUCCAGUGGAGAGCCCGCAUGACUAUGUUAUGUAUCUGUUUAGCUAGCCGUGGUGCUGGUCUUAUUUUCACAUUGCUCUAUCUGUCAUUCUAGAGGGAGAAAGGGCGUUGGCUGGUAAUGGAGUUGAUGUGUAUAUGGACAUGGUUACAAGUGGGAGAAGGCUUUUAUAUUUUGCCGGUUCUUUCCUUGUGUGGCUGUUUUCUCUAGCGAGUCUUGCUGGAGUGUGGAUAUAGGUUCCAGUUGAGGAUCACCCCAGCCGGCUUGAAAUAUUGUACUUUCCAUUACCCUUG